UCAUGGAGCUGUAAUAUGAUUCUGCUUAAUAAUUUGGACUGGUUCACCUCAGCAGACACAUUCAACAGCAGACAGGUUUUUGUAUCACUCAGUUUCACUGUGGGAGGAUGGUGGUCUUACAACUAUUACUUGAUCAUUGGCUCUGGAACUAAACUGUUUGUAUCAGAUGAGCCGGUAGUGAAGCCCGUGGUGAGCGUGUACCCAGCAGCAUCCAGAGCCCACCUGGAGGGGAAGAGCGCCCUGGCAUGUCUGGCCUCAGCCAUGUUUCCUUCUCUGGUUCAGUUCUCCUGGAAAAGACGAAAGGAGAAUGGUCCUCUGGAGGAGCUGCCCCCUGCUGAGAGAGAACAGCUGGAGAUCAGAAAGUCGGGAUGCACCGCCUCCAUCUUGCUGAUCCAUCAGCAAGAGAAGAGCAAAUAUAAAUACCGCUGCUACGUCCAGCACGAGGGGGGAACAGUGGAGGCCGAAACACAACAAGAGGUUUCUACUCUUCCACCAUCACCACCAUCUCUUCCACCAGCAACUUCUGUCCCGUCUCAGUACCUCAGUACAGUGGAGGCCCAAACAGUGGAGGCCCAAACAGAACAAGAGGUUUCUACUCUUCCACCAUUACCACCAUCACUUCCACCAGCAGCUUCUGUCCCGUCUCAGUACCAAGUGAAGUUGUUCUGUCUGCUGUACACCCAGCUGAUAGUGAAGAGUCUGGUGUACUGCUGUGGACUCUCUCUGCUGAUGAUCCUCAGAAACAAGGGACCGUCCACCAACUGAACACAUGCUGACUGUUUUCUGCUCGACUUUUCUCUCCAACAAAUCUCAUAAAUUCAUCUAAUUUAUUACUUUGAUCAGUAAUAACAUCAAUUAUGACGUGUUGUAGUUGUCAUCCUAAACAUACUUAUAUAUAUAUAUAUUUCUGAAGUUACUAAGUGUGAAUUCUGUGUACUGUUAUUUUAAUACUAUUUGAUACUGAUUAUUUCUAUUAAAUUGAUUAUUUUCUUUAAAUUGUGACUUGUAUAUUGAUAGAA